UAAUGAAAAAUCUCUAAGGCUAAGAAUCCGCCACGUGGAAAACAUUCACAUCUCAUCACACUUUUCAUUAGAACACAAACUCAAAGAAAACACAUCGCCACAACAUAACACCAAAAACUCAACAAUGGCUGACAACAAAACGGUGCGUUUUGGUCUUCUUGGAUGCAUUAGAUUCGCAUCAAAGUUCGUCAGAACAGUAACACAAUCCUCAAACUCCGUCAUCGUCGCCAUCAGCGACCCAUCUCUCGAAACCGCGAAAACCUUCGCCGCCGCCAACGAUUUAUCGCCGGAGAACGUCGCUGUGUACGGUAGCUACGAGGAGCUGCUCAACGACGCAAACGUCGACGCAGUUUACUUGACGAUGCCGGUGACUCAGCGAGGGAAAUGGGCGGUGAUGACGGCGGAGAUGAAGAAACAUGUUCUUAUCGAGAAACCACCGGCUCUCGACGCGACGGAGCUGGACAAGAUCGUGGAGGCGUGUGAACGUAACGGUGUUCAGUUUAUGGACGGUACGAUUUGGUUGCAUCAUCAACGGACGGUUAAGAUUAAAGAAACGUUGUUUGAUUCUGGAUUGCUUGGAGAUGUUCGCCACAUGUACACCACGAUGACAACUCCAGUACCAGAGCAAGUGUUGGAGAGACUAACUAAAGAAGCUAUGGGUUUAGCCGGAGCUAUUGGAGAGCUUGGUUGGUACCCUAUAGGUGCAGCUCUAUGGGCUAUGUCUUACCAAAUGCCAAUAUCUGUCAGAGCUAUGCCCUCCUCUGUCUCCACAAACUCGGUUGGGACUAUCUUGUCAUGUUCUGCCUCUCUUCAGUUUGGUUCGACCACAACAGCAAUAGUCCAUUGCUCUUUCCUCUCUCAGCUUUCCACCGACUUAGCUAUCUCAGGAUCAAAAGGUUCGGUUCAGAUGAAUGACUAUGUGAUACCUUACAAAGAGGACACGGCUUGGUUCGAGUACACAAGUGGUGCUAAGUUCGUGGACAUGCACACUGGUUGGAACGUGAUGCCGGAGAGAGUUACCUUUGAUUGUGGCGGAACUGAGGAGUCGCAAGAGGCAAUGAUGCUGAGAGAGUUCACGCGGCUUGUCGAAGGAAUCAAGCGGGGCGAUUUAGAGGCUGAUCAUAGGUGGCCAGAGAUCAGUAGGAAGACACAGUUAGUGGUUGAUGCUUUGAAGAAGUCUGUUGACAUAGGUUGUGAAGUGGUUCAUCUGUAAAACUUGUCGAGAGAUUCUAGUUAGGUUAUGAUAUUUAUAUUAGUAGUGUCAUAGACACAUACAUGUGUUUUGGUAUCUAACUUUUAUAAGACCAAGAUGUUAUGUACUUCUUGAUUUUAUUUGAUACUGCAAAACUACUUUAACAUUUCAUA